AUGGCGUUUCUCUGUUCGUCUCUUCCAAGUUCAUGCUCUGUCUCCAUUUUCAGCGAUUCAAGCACAGAUGUAUCACGGUUGAUCCCUUCCUGCAGGUUACGGUUCCGGUUACGUCCUGUCGCUGCCUCAAACGUUUGUGUUCCAUCGAUCGACAGCUCGACGUUCAUCGUAUCCGAAACUGUGUCGGAAGAUGAGCUUUGGGCUGCUGCUUGCCUCCGCGUGCGUACCUUCAACGAAUUGAAUCCUUCUGCUUACAAUAUCCAAGAUCAUAGAAAAUACUUGGCAGAGCGUGAGUUCGAGGCGCUUAAGGAAAGGAUUUCAGGAAAGAGGGAGGGGUUUACUCGGGUCUCCUGCGUAAAUGCUACCCUUCCAUUGUCCCAACUAUCAUCAAGCUCGUCUCAAGAUUUAUGCUCUGCAUGUAAGUUCUCUGAUGGCAUAGAAGAUAGAGUUGUGGUGGGGAGCCUUGAUCUUAACCAAUGCCGUUGGCUACCUGAUGAAAUCGCUGGAACAAAACCAGAGGGGAUUGGUGUGGAUUUUGCGAGAGCAUACUUGAGCAACGUCUGUGUUGCAAAAGAGCUUCAUCGUAAUGGAGUUGGUUACAAACUCAUUGAAAAGUCUAAAGGAAUUGCUAGAGAAUGGGGCAUAACGGAUAUGUACGUGCAUGUGACGGUGGACAAUGAAGCCGCAAAGAGGCUAUACAUGAAAAGUGGGUUUGAGCAAGAGAGUAUCGAGCCCGCGUGGCAAGCUCGAUACCUAAACAGACCACAACGGCUCCUCUUGUGGCUCGCACUCCCUACAUCUUGA